AUGACCGCUCUGGGGCUGCCGAGGACGAGUCUACAGCUGCAGGACUGCGUCACGGCCGCGUCAGAAGGCGCUCAACCGCCUGUCAGCUUGAAUAUUCGGUUGAACUCGGGUACUGGAGACGUCGACCAUUUCGACAUCCAGUGUCAAGAGUGCGUCUUCGACCACUCCCGGCGGGAGUCGAAGGACGACUUGCGCGCCGAGAUCGAGCGAUUGCGACGCAUCAACGAACGUAGCGAUGCGCUUCUCGACGCACUCUCCUCCAUGGACGACGCCGACACGUAUCGCAAGGUAGCACAGGGCCUCAUGAACGGCACCAUCACCCGGCAGUCCAUUUAUAACGAUCUCCCCACCCAAUUCAGGGUCUCUGGACCGCCCCUACCUGUUCCCGCCGGCGUCAUCGCAUCGUCUCUCCGUCGAAACUCGCAGGCCACCGCUUCUUCCCGGGCCUCCAGUACCGAUGUCCGGCCAGCAACAUGUCCGCAUUGUUUCGGCAACCUGCCCGCUGCGUCUUCGCUAGCCGAUAGCGACGAAUGUUCCGGGAGGACAAGCGAGCGGCACCCGUCGGCGGAAUCGCAGUCCGAGGCCAAUUGGCUCACGACGCUGAGCUCCGCUGCCGGCCCCCCUUCCCUUCUUUCGUUAUCUGGGAACGAAAAGCUGCAGCAGGUCGCGCCCUGGACGCGUACUGGGUGGUCGAUCGAGAGGGUCAGGACCCAUCUUGAGUCGCUCCUGACGUGGGACUAUCUGCCCUUCUGUUUCCUCUGCAAGGACCCCUUUCUGCAGGACUUUGCAAGCGGAGAGGAGUGUUACUGCUCUCCGGCGCUUGUCAACUCCCUCCUCGCCCUAUCGACGAGAAUCGCCUUGUUCGACGAGGCUGAUGCUCUCAUAAGCGGACACGGCCAGCCGGGCAGCCUCCCGGAUAUCCAAGCUCUUGGCAUGCUGGCCCUUUAUCAAGUGGGCUGUGGUCACGAGGCCGAGGCGAGAGAGCUUGCCGAGGCGUUUGCGGCAGCGAUUACAGAAUUAUGCCUGAAACAACCGGUCGCCGCAGACAGCCAGGACAACCAGUACGCCCUGGUUCGCGCGACGACAUACUGCGGAGCCAUCUCGCUCGUCCGAAUACUCAAACUCAUAACAGCCCAACCUUCUGGGAUGCACGUCACACUGUUGCAGGACGAUGGGGUUGCUCUUGACCAGCCGCCCUGCGCCUACGGGCUGAACAACGCGUCCGUUCCAUCUAGCGAAUCGUGCGAGUGUCAAAAACAUCAGCCCAAGCACAGAAACAACCCAGCAUGGAGGGCUGACCGCGCCAAUACAGUUACGCUAACGGGCGAGCCCGGGUCUCAACUCAGCAGCCUGCAGCUCAUCCCGGCCAAGAUUUUCCAGCUCAUCGAAUGGGUGUACAAAGUCCUCGCGUCGCCACAAACCGCCACUAAUGAUGAGCUGGUGCUGGUAUACCAUCGGUGUCUCAACUGGUACGAGAGCUUCUUUGCCAUGCUCAAGUCAGACGGAAGCAAUUCGCCUUUUUAUCUACUACCAGUUCUGUCUGCUCUCCCUUUUCAGGCCCCAUCUGAGCGCGCCUCUCGAAGGACUCAGCGCGCAUCCCCGCGAGAUUUGUCUACAGGCCGCACAGUCAUCCUUGCGCUCUCGCAGUCGUACGCUGGCGUGUUCGGCCUGCAGCGGGUAUCUCCGCUGGUGCCGUACUUUGUGUGUGCGGCGGGGCUUUUAAGUCUCGCCGUCGAGGAGGCCGCCAACUGUAUGCUCGAAACCGUGCCCACACCACAGCUCCACAGAGACGAAGAUAUCGCCGUCAAGCCGCCUAAGUCCCCGGAAGACACGAUCAAGAAGGAGCCCGAUGAUGACCCUAUGAACGUGGGCACGUUCCACAGCUACGCAUUAGACAUCAAAUGGCACGCGGAACCAUCGUACGUCAAUAAGCCGAACGUCAAUAUGCCGGCAGUGGCGCACGCGCGACUGCUGCUGUCCAAGAUGAGCGAGGUGCACCCUGCGGCCACCCUCGCUGAGAGCAUGCUUCACAGGGCGCCUGGCAGGAACUAA